GAGAUCGACAACGUCUGGAUAUCCAGUAAACUGAGCCGGGAGCUGCCGCGCUACUUUGAGCUGUGUUUUGGCGAGGUGCGAAUCCGCACUGAUCUCCAGAAGAGCCCUGGCUUCCAGCAGUCCGUCCCGGAGGCUCCCAGAGAAGCCAAUGGAAAUGAAAGUAGAGCUGACCUGACUCUUAAGCCCUCCCUGCUGAGGCUUCUUAGCCAGCUCUUUUCCAUCCACAUGGACUCCAUCAACGUCAUGGUUCUGCACGUGGCCACCUCAGAGUCUCUCUGGCACAUCCAGGCCAGCAAGACCCGUCUCCUCCUGAACGGCGAUGGCAAGAGCCUGACCUGCGAGGUGAGCCUGACAAAAAUGAACAGCAAAGUGCUCCGGAGCAGCCAGCUGGAUGACACCUGCCUGGCGGAGCUGGCCCUGGCACUCUCCCUCUCGCUGGAGAUCAGCAGCAAGCAGCGGCUGGUGGGCGUCAGGCUGUGCAUCCGGACCCUGCAGGCAGAGCUGCACGAAGGGCUCUUCUGCAGCCCACUGCUGCACCGCAUCGCUGCCGGGACCCAGCGCAGCAGCGUGGGGGAACAGCCCAGUGCAGGCCCGGGGGAGCCCCUGAAGUCCCUGUCUCUGCUGAGCAGGGACACACUGCAGCUUAUUCCCAGGAGGAUGGAGGUGAAGCUGGAGAACAGCAGCAUGGUGCUGUCGAUGAACAGCCAGAAGAGGCACCUCACCUGGAGCCUGAAGCUGCUGCAGUUUCUAUAUCAGCGUGAAGAGGAGCAGAUCCCGCUGCGCAACUUCACGCCCACCUCAGACCUGGACCAAAUGAGUGUAGACCUCCAGCUGGAGGAUGGCCUUCUCCUGUCCCAGAGCCGCCAGCGCAUCGUGUGCCUCAACUCCCUGAAGACCAGUGUGCAGGUCACAGCCAUUGACCUUUCGGCUGCUGUGCUGCUCAACACCUGCAUCAUUCACUACCGGCACCAAGAGUUUUCGCACUGGCUGGGCCUGUUGGCACAGGAAUACUGGUGCCAGGCGGUGCCUGCCCCCAGCCAAGGGCACAAGGGAAGGAGCUAUCCCCAAAUCAUAGCGCCCAUCAUCCUGUGUGCCUCGCUGUCCAACGUCAAUGUGUCAGUGCAGCUGGGGGACACGCCCCCUGUCCGCGCUCACUCCUCCUCUCUGCCCACAGACUACCAGCACCUGCGGCCACAGAGCGUGCACCAGCGAGCAGUGCUGGCCGUGGACCACCUCUGCUGGCGUGUGGGCAACGACUCGCACAUCCAACGUGCCCCGCAUCCCCCUAACAUGCAUGUGUGGGGAGAAGCCCUCAUUCUUGACUCCUUCAACCUGCAGUGCACCAUCCGGGGGUUGCAAGUGGAGUCGUCGGACACCUGCACCGAGUGCCUGACCAGGGUCCUGCCCCUGUUCUGCCCGCGGCCCAGCGGAGCUGAGUUUGCCAAGCAGUCAUCCUCUGCCUCAAGUGAGCCCUGGGGGCUGCUCUGGAAGGUGGAUCUGAAGGUGGAGGAUGUGAACCUCUUCACACUGUCUGCCCUGGUGGGUGCCCUAGAGCUGCGGCUGGACACGCUGACCGUCCUGGGGAGUGGGGAGGAUUGCACCAGAAGGUGCUGGAGAGGACAACAGGGCUGUGCUGUGCUGGACCUGGCAGUGACUUGGGCCUGCUCGCUCUCUCCGCUGUAGAUGCAGUGCGGUGAGGGGCUGGCGGUGCUGUGGAGCCCGCCCGACCACAUGCACUUGUACCAUCACACCCUGGCCACCCUGCAGUGCCAUGAAGCCUUGCGGAGCGCUCUCGCCCACAGGACACCUCCCUCCCUGCCCCCAGAGAGCCCAGCGUCCCACCCAGCCACCCCUACCGAGACACCGGGGCCUCUCCAGCCGGAUGGGACCCCUCCCAAAAGACUCCUGUCCCUCUCACUGGAGCUGAGCUCUGCCAAGCUCACAGCCUUUGUCUCUGAAGCCAACUACAUCAGCCUGGCUGCCGAAAGGACCUCUGUGAGCUGGCACGGUGGUGCCCUGCACGGCUACUGCCCUGAGCUGGCUGCCGGCUUUGACGGACACAGCAUCUUCAGCUUCAAGGAGGUGGAGGUGAAGCUGCUGCCAGAGCUGGAGGAGGUCAUCUUGCACCGCUGCGCCUUCCCCACCCUGCGCACCCUCCGCAACCGUGGCUGGGCCUUCUCCUGUCUGCACCGGCGCGGGCGCCCUGCCAGCACAGCGCUGCCCCCCGACCUGCUGCUCAAAGUGACGCACUUCUCCUGGGUCUUCCUGGACGACGUCUUUGAGGUCAAGCUACGAGACAACUACGAGCUGAUGAAGGACGAGAGCAAGGAGAGCGCCAAGCGGUUGCAGCUGCUGGACGCCAAGGUGGCUGCGCUGCGCAAACAGCAUGGCGAGCUACUGCCUGCGCGCAAGAUCGAGGAGCUUUACGCCUCUCUGGAGAAGAAGAACAUUGAGAUCUACAUCCAGCGUUCGCGGCGCCUCUAUGCCAAUACGCCCAUGCGGAGGGCCCUCCUCACCUGGACCCUGGCCCACCUGGAGCUUGUGGCCAUGGCUGAUGAGUCCUUCCAUGGCACGGAGCGUGUGUUGGAGCAGAUGAGGGACCUGGAUGGCGUCAGCCCGUUCCCCCCUGAGGGUCUGGAGAUGGUCACCCAGUGGUGCCGCAUGAUGAAGGGCAGAGUUGGCAGUUUCUUUGUGCGGAUCCGUGACUACCCUCGCUACCUCUUUGAGAUCCGGAACUGGCAGCUCUCGGGCCGACUGAUCGGAGCUGAGCAGUGCGGCCAGGCCUGCUCCCGGCGCCGCCAGGUCCUAAAGCUGGGGCUGCCCUGGGGGGACGCAACAGUGGAGAGGAACAUGCCGCCCUUGAAGUUCUACCACGACUUCCACUGUAAGAGCUGGAGGG